CCAGAACAAGUGUUUUUUUGUUUUUUUUUAACAAUAGUAGUCCAAUUAACUUGACACUUUGAAUUAUGAAUACUGGGGAAGAAGAUAUAAAAAAUCAUAUAUUUGCCAUCAGUAAUAGGUUGUGCUGGAGCGACCGGAAGCUGUCAUCCUCCUCCCCUCUGAGCUCUGAGCAGAGUAAAGAGGAGCGGAUACUGGAGCUGGAGACAGAGAAUGCUAUUCUUCAUUUAAGACUUGCUGAGUGUUUGGGGAAACUCCGUCGGGACCAUGAAGAGGAGACCAAGACCCUGAACCAUCAUCAGCACCAGAGGAAUGUACAGAAGAUAAUCCGGUCAGCCCUUACCAAACUCCUCUCUGAGGUCCAGGCUGUGAAGCAGGACCUGAGUGAACUUUUCGCAGUCUAUUUCAGUUUUUCCACUGAGCUUGAGGAGCAGAGCAAGCAGCUGCUGAAAAAAGUAGAGCAAGCCAGCUGUUCUCCAAAUGGUCACCGUGGAGACGAGGUUCAGAACUUGCAAGCCAAUGUUGCAGCUCUGGAGCGCUCUCUGGAGGAGGAGAGGGAGAGGUGCAGUGCAGAGAGGCAGCGGAGGAAAGAACUCCACAACACACUGGUGGAGUUGAGAGGGAACAUCAGGGUUCACUGCAGGGUGCGACCAGUUCUAGCCUUUGACCACGUCCAGUCCUCCACCUCUGCAUCAAGACCUGCAUCAUCAGAGGAAGUGGUCUCUGCCAUCAGUGAUGACACUUUGAUGGUGAAUUGCAUAAAAACGGGGAUACCAACGCAAACCAAGAUGUUUGAGUAUGAGAGAGUGCAUGGACCAGAGGAUUCCCAGGAUGCAGUGUUUGAGGAAGUCAAGCCGCUCCUCACAUCUCUGCUGGACGGCUAUAAUGUGUGUAUCAUGGCGUACGGGCAAACAGGCAGUGGGAAGACUCACACCAUGAUGGGAUCCCAGCUGCUGGAGGAGCACUCAGGGACGCAGCAGGAGACACAGCAGGGUAUCAUCCCCAAAGCUGCUGCUGAGCUCUUUCGGUUGAUCUCUGAGAAGCCUGCAGAGAGCCACACGGUGGAGGUGUCAGUGAUGGAAGUGUACAACAACGAGGUGCUCGACCUUCUGGUGAAAGAUGCGCAGGGCAACGCCGCCGCCGACCAGCGCCGGGACGUCAUCACCACCUCCUCUGGUACCAGCCAGGUCACCUCCCUCACAUACGAGCCUGUGUGUAACGCCUCUGAGGUGAUGCAGAUCAUCAGCAACGUUUUAAAGUUCAGGGCUCACUGUCCCACCCUCAUCCACCCGGACUCCUCACGCUCUCACAUCAUCAUCACCCUCACCAUUUCCUCCAAGAGCCCCAACGCACUGGCCCUGGCCCGCAGACUACAGAGUGCCAAGAAGGACAUGCAGCGCUCCACGCAGGAGUGGUGGAGUCCACGCUGUCGCCGUGCCAACCCUUCUGCUCGCAAAUCAUCCGAGGACCGUCUCUUUGCGAGCGCGGCCUCUUCUCCCUGCCACUCGCCUUCCCAUUCUCCGUGUCCCUCCCCCAGGCCCAGCAUCUCCCAGGCUCCGUUCCGGACUAAGCUGCAGCUGGUGGACCUGGCAGGGAGCGAGUGUGUCGGUAUGUCUGGAGUUUCGGGUGCAGCUCUGUGGGAGGUGUCCUGUAUAAACCGCAGUCUCUCCGCUCUGUCUGACGUCCUGGGAGCUCUGGCCGAGCAGAGACCACACGUCCCCUACAGGAACAGCAAACUCACUCAUCUGCUACAGGAUGCCAUAGGUGGCGAUGCCAAGCUGCUGGUGAUGUUGUGCGUCUCUCCCACGCAGCGCUUCAUCACAGAGUCCCUGCAGUCUCUGGGCUUUGGCUCGAGGGCCCGUCAGGUCCAGAAGGAGCUACCGCAAAGGAAGAGUAACACCCUCAAAGUUAAGUGACGAGACGAGAGAAAGAGACUUCAUCCUUUUUACAGAUGCUGUGGCGACAUGGAUCAUGUAUCAGUCAUGCCAACAGAACAGAUUUGAGGGUAGAGGAUCACACGCCUGCAAAUGUGUUAUUUUGACUUCUUACUCUUAGUAUUUACAAUAGAUUGGUUUUGCCAGAAUUGUUCAUAUAUUUUUUUUGUUUUAAAGGACCAAUAUGUAAUAUAUUUACUGUAAUAAAUCCUAAAAUGACCAUGAUAUGUCAUCAGAGAUUAAGGAAACAGGCUAAAUAGAAAUACUGGUUUCUCCGACAACAAUGCUACAGCCAGUAUGUUCUCCUUUGACAUUACCAUUCCGGUCCGUAACGUCUGUUUUUGUUUUGGUCGGUGUGAUCCCAUCCACUGCCCAUUUCAACACCUCGUUGCCAUAUAUGAAACAAACUGGCAUGCAGACACAGCCUUCUGCAGCCAUGGAAGCAAGCAAACUGGACCAACAGAGAUGUCACAAUGAAAGUCUUACAUAUUGCUCCUUUAAAUAGAUCUUGAUAGCAAUUAAAUAAGCCUGGUAAUUACCAAGGGUGCUAAGUAAGUAUGAAUGACAAUGAAAUUACACAAAAGUUGGGUAAUGAUAACUGAAUUUAGUAUAAAAUCCCUGUUUUUGACCAUUCAUUAAACUGUAAAUCAUGUCAAUAGUCAACAAUCCUGUAUAUGCAUUCUGACUGAAGUAGGCUUACAUGUAUUCUGCUGUAAAUACAUUUCAGUACUUGCAUGCCAUGCCUUCUCUUUUGUAGUGUUUUGGUGCAUUAUACAGUACAUGUUGAUGUAUUCUGUAUCUGUAACCAUCACCUUUUCAUUAUUUUUCAAACGCCUUGAUAGAAUAGUCCCAGUAGAAAAUGUUGUUAAUAUGACUUUAAAAUAAACAGCUGAUAUGCAGAUAAUGUA